AUGUUUAAUACAUUAAUUAAUCCAAGUGGAGUUUCUCAUUCAAUUACUGCUCAACUAACUCUUAACAUAAAUUAUCUUGUUGUAAGCAAAUUAAAUUUAUUAGAAUUAUAUGAAAUUAACUCAACUGGUCUCAUUCCUUUAACAACAAAACGAUAUUCAUCUGGGAUUACCCUUCUUUUAAAAUAUAAACCAUUAAAAGAUAUUACAGACUAUCUUAUUGUAGUUACUCAAUCAAAUGAAAUAGAAAUACUUAAACUUACAACAUCUGCAUUACAUAUAAUUUCUUCUGGUUCUUUAAAAGAUACUUUUGGAAGAAAAGCAUUUUUUGGAGUUAAAGCAGUUAUUUCUCCUAAUAAUCAAAUUUUACUUUUAAAUUUAUAUGAACAAUUAAUUAAAGUUGUUUUAUUGCCACAAUAUCCUAAAGAUCAAUUAACUGCUUCAAAUAUAAAAGUUAAUCACUCACACAUUCUUGAUAUGACAUUUUGUUUAUUAAAUGAUUCAUAUCAACUUGCUUUAUUACAUGAAAAUAAAAGAGAUAUUAGACACAUUGAUACAUAUACAUUAAACUCAUUUAAUGAAUUAGAAAAAGGAAGUUUUAGUCAACCAAAUGUAGGACCAACCACAUCAAGAAUAGUAGGAUUUAAAGAUGGUAUUAUUGGAAUUUUCGUUAUUUCAGAUGAAAUAGGAUGUUAUUUUAAUGGAAAUGGAAAACACAUUCUUUGUAACCUAAACCAAUACCCAAAUACUGCUUGUUGUUUCAUUAAAAAAGAUGUGUUAAUAAUGACUGACUCAAAAAGAAAUUUAGAUACUCUUGAAUUUAAAGUAAAUAUUAACAAUGAAAUUAUUGAAAUAACAAAGAAACAAUCACCAAAACUUUUACAGUCUAUUUCUUCUACAAUCAGUUAUCUUUCUAAUAAAAUCCUUUUUAUUGGUUCAUUAAAUGGAGACAAUUUAAUAAUGAACUUAAAUGGAAAGAUUUUAGAAAAAUGGAGUAAUUUUGGUAGUUUAAUGGAUGCAAGACAAAUAAGUAAUAGAGAAGACUAUCUUGUUGUUGGUAAUGGUGGAGGAAAAGGUAGCAUUGGAUUAAUGAUUAAAGGAAGUGGAAUUGAAGAACUUGGGUCUUGUGAGAUAAAUGAUAUUAAAAGUGUGGAGAGUAUUGAAUAUGAUAGAAAGAAAUAUGUUAUUGUUGGGUUUGAAGAAGAAAGUAAUAUAUGGGAAAUACACCAAAAGUCAAAACACAUAAAAAUUGAAGAAAGUUCAUUAAAGAAAGUUAUUGGUAAAGAGAGAGUUAUGUGUUGUGGAAUAAUAAAAGAACGAUUGAUUUUUGUUUGUAAAAAAGGAAUUUAUAGUAUUGACAAACAUCAAAAGAAAAAUACUCUUAUGAAAUUUGAUAGUUUUAUUACACACGCAAAAUUCAUUAAUCAACAAAUAUAUUUCAUUUAUGGAACAGAAUUAUUUAAAAUUACUGAAGAAUUAAAAAUUCAAAAAAUGAAAGAUUUCGAACAAAAUGUUAGUUGUUUUGAUAUAAAUGAAAUUAUAGUUAUAGGACUUUGGGAUGGAAGUAUUUUAAUUUUUGAUAUUAAUGGAAUAUUAAAGAAAACAGAAGUAGUAGAUACUAUUGGAAGAAGCAUUUUAAUUGAUCAUAAUAAAAUUUAUGUUGGAUGUGAUAAUGAAAUAAUUGUUUUCUUAUACAAUCAAAUGGAAGAAGAUUGUACAUAUAAAAAUAAACUUAAAUAUCAUAUUGAAACUUCUCAAUCAAUCAAACUAAAAAAAAUAUAUUCAAUUCCUUGUGUUAUUGCAAAUAAAACAUUCACUUUUCAACAAACUGGACUUGUUCCUCUUGCCGUUGAAGACCUUAUUGAUAUUUGUGAAAGUCCUGUUGGUGAUUAUGGAGUAAUAUGUGCAACUAAACGUGGUAUCGUAUUUGGUUUAAUGAAAGAAAUGAGUAGAGUUACAUUUAAAAUGAUACAUUCUGGAGAAAAUUGUUGUAAAAUUGCUACUGAUGGGUCUUAUGGAUUACUUGUUGGUAAAACAAUUAAGUCAAUUAAUUUAAUUGAUGGAAGUUUUGGUGUUACAACAAUAGAGCUAAAGAGUAAUGAACUUGCACUUUGUGUUGACUCGUUAGAAGAUAAUAUUUAUGCUGUUGGAACUGCAAUAAUAAGAGAGAAUGAAAUAGAACCAUCAAGUGGUAGAAUUUUAUUAAUACGACAAGACACAGAAGGAUUAAUUUAUAUUGUUGGAACAGAAGAUUAUGAUGGUGCUGUUUAUUGUUUGAAAAAAUGUCAAAAAGGAAUAGUUGCCUUUAUCAAUAGAAAUGUUCAUGUCAUUGAAAAAAAAGGAAAAGAUUUAAAUACUAAACAAAAUAUGUUAUUACCUUUGAUAGGGGUUAGUCUUGACAUUUGUAAAGAUUAUAUCAUUGCUGGUGAUUUAGCAAGGUCACUUUCUGUUUAUCGUUACAGAAAUGACAUUGAACAUCUUGAUGUUGUUGGUAAAGAUAAUCAAAUUGUUUGGUCCUCUUGUGUUGGCAGUAUAGAAAGUGAAUAUGGCACUUCAUUUUUAGUUGCAGAUGUAUCAGGAAAUAUUAAAAUAUUUAAUUCUGAUGAAGAAGAACCAAAAACAGAUGAUGAAAAAAUUAGUUUAAUAUCACAAGUUCAUGUCGCAGAUUCAAUUAAUUUUAUCCAAAAGUCUUUCUACAAAGGAUGUCUAAUGGGAGGUGUACAUGGUGGUAUAUAUAAUAUUUGUGAAAUAUCAAAAGAACAUUACCUUUUUUUGAAUAAAAUUCAAUCCAAAUUAGUUAAGUCAAAUUGGAGAGAAAGUGUUAAUACUCAACAAACAAGUCCAAUGAUGAAUUGUAUUGAUGGUGACAAAAUUGAAAGUAUUUUAGAAUGGAGUGAAAAGAAACAAAUGUUAUUAGCUCAAAAAAUUGGUGUUGAACACCAAGAAAUGAUAGAAAAAAUACAGUCACUCUUCUCUUUAGUUUUUAAUUGA